CUUUCUUUCUCGCUGCUUUCACCUACAGGACUAAAAGUAAUGCCCCUCCUCUUGCGAUUUUUAUCACGAUCUAAAUAAAACAUUUAUCUUUUGUGAAACAUGAAAGACACGACGGGAGCGCACUCUUUCUUCGAUGGGAUUUAAAGCAAGGCGUGUUUGUUUUAUUUAUUUAUUUAUUUGUAUUUGUGUGCGUGGAUAAGAUCAUCACCGCAGCUCGGAUGUGAGUUUAUGAUCCAGCUCUGAGGCGCGAGCUUUCCCCCUUCUUCUUCUUCUUCUUCUUCUUCUUCUUUUUUUAAAAAAAUAUAUAUAUAUUGCGGGAUUAUGAUUUUGGAUAAAAGCUCCAUGGAGGAGCCCGACAUCGACGUUGUUGGAGAACAGGAUAAAGAUGCUCAAGUUCAAACAUCAAGGAGUGACUGCAGGAUCCAGGAGAAGGAUCCAGGAGAAGAGGCGAAGCGCAGCGACGUGUCCGGUGUCGCGUGCGUGAAACCGCCGUACUCCUACAUCGCGCUCAUCACCAUGGCAAUCCUGCAGAGCCCCCGCAAGCGGCUGACCCUCAGCGAGAUCUGCGAGUUCAUCAGCCGCCGCUUCGCCUACUACCGCGAGAAGUUCCCGGCGUGGCAGAACUCCAUCCGGCACAACUUGUCGCUCAAUGACUGCUUCGUGAAAAUGCCACGAGAGCCCGGAAAUCCCGGAAAGGGCAACUACUGGACCUUGGACCCCAUGUCCUCUGAUAUGUUCGAAAACGGUAGUUUCCUGCGGCGCAGGAAGCGCUUCAAGCGGCACCACUGCUUCACCAAGGACGCGGAAACGCCUCUUCCGGGAUUCCCGCUCGGAUCUUACACUUCAGCUUUACCGGUCUCGGCUCUGGAUCUCUACCUCGAGCGUUCACCUCCUCAUCCUCAUCCUCAUCCUCCUCAUCCUCCUCCUGCUCUUGUCUCACCUGUCGGCAGCCUUUUACCUGCGCUGUCCACUCUUCUGAAAGGCUACCUCCCGCAUCCAUCACGCACUCUCACACUCGAGUGCUCGCGCGCUCCUUUCCCCGGCGCCCAGCUCGCACCUCCGGCCGCUCUUCCUCCUCUUCCGCCGAGUUUGUACUCUCUUCAGCAGGAAUAUCACAAACUGCAGGCUCUGCACAACACCGCGCUCACUACCAAACUUUUACAGCGGUUCGGUGACGCAACACUGUAAUGCAUUUUAUUAACUUAAAAUCUAUGAAAUUGUGUGUUCUCUAAACAUUACUAGUUCAGCCUAUAUAUGAAGACUUGACACAAAAGAACACACAUAGUUAUAAUAUAGGAAGAACAUUAAUAAUCCCGACAACUGUGGAAUUAUCCAAGGAAAGUCCUGGUAAUUGUGUUUUUUUGUUUGUUUUGUUUUUGUUUUUAUUCCAAACUUAAAAAUAAAAAAAAUAUAAAAAAAAUUAUGGAUUGUAUUUUUUUUUUACUGAAUGAAACUUUCCCUUGAUUUUUGUUGAAAUGUACUGUGUCUACAACACUCUCCUAUAUGACAAUGAUCUAGCACUAGAGAACAAGAGCAAAAAAUAUAUUAUAUAAAAUCAUUAAAGUGUUAUCCUUUA